AGAGAGAGAGAGAGAGAGGCAGGCACUUUACCACUUUUUUAUAUUGUACGCAUCCAUUGGCAGAAAAGAGAAGGAAGACACACACAGUACUUCUACUACAAGGACAGGAGGAGAAAAGGAGGAGAGAUCAAUCAUAAUCACAAACACAACUCCACCACCACCCACAACCCAACCCAACCCAACCCAAGAUUGAGUGAAAAACGCAUACUUCUACAUACAUACAUACAUCGAUACAAUUAUAUAUGUAUGUAACUGUAUGCCCAAGAUUUGCAGUUCCUUGUGGGUGGUGAAUCGAAAGGGGGAAGUGGGUUCCUUGUUCCUUCUUUUCAACCAGUCUUUCGGUCCCUGUAGUUUUUUCAUUCCGGUCAACCAAGCUCAUACUCUCUAGUCUCUAGUUAGCUUUGAUUUGGAAUUUCUUUACCCAUAAUUUUUGUUUUUUUCCCUUCUUCCGGGCUUUCUCGAGAAAUUUGAGGGCUUUAACUUGUGUUGUUGUUAAAUGAAGGGAUGCCCUUACCCUUUGAUUUUGAUGGUAAUGGGGUCUUAGAAAUUGUGUCAGACCCUUCUUCUUCUUCUUCUCCUCCUUUGUUUGAAUCUUCAUCUUCAUUUCUGCAAAAGUGGAACUACAAAACACAAGGUAAUUGGUGUUUUGGUAGGGAGCCUACCUCUGUCCUGGAUUCCAUCGGAAGCCCCACUUCUACUUCCACCCUGUCCUCUUCUUUCGGCGGCGGCUCUACAACCGCGCUUCAGAUAGGGAGCGGCACAGCAACCGCCACCGCCGCCGUCGGCGGCGGCGCAGGGGCGGAGAAAUGCGGCAUGGGUAUGGAGGAUUGGGAGAGCCAAGAGCAAGAGCAGUCCAUUAUCCGUUGGAUCAUGGGAGACUUGGACGACCCCUCUAUGGGUCUAAACAAGUUGUUACAACCUACGGCGGCGGAAUUCGAGUUCAAUGGAGGCUUUAAUGGAUCAAAUCAAGACUAUGGGUUGGAAUUAGAUCCAGUUGGUGCAAACUUGAUGGGUAGCUUUAUUAACCCCACUCCAGGGUUUCCUUAUAACAACCAAUCAAAUCACCACCCAAAUUACAAGCUCUCGAACCCUAGAAACCCUAACCUUUCUCCAAAUGCCUUCAACCCACAACUUGAAUCCCAAGAUUUGAAGCCACAGAUUUUCAAUCCCCCCUUACUGGUCAACCAAUCUCAAAUCACACAAAACCCAUCUUUUUUCGAGCCAUUACAAUUUCCAAAUCAAGAACACCACUAUAUCCUCCCACCGACCGCGAAAAGGAAUAACCCUUCUGAUUCAAUGCUUCAACUGCAUCCUCACUAUCUGAACCAGAGGCCUCAUCCGAUGGGACAACCGAAGCCGAAAACCGCGGCGGAGGAGCUGCAGCAGGGGAUAAUUGACCAGCUGUACACGGCGGCGGAGCUGGUCUCUGCCGGGAACCCACCACCACUCGCGGCGCAAGCGAUAUUGGCGCGGCUCAAUCAUCAGCUCUCUCCCAUGGGUAAGCCUUUUCAGAGGGCUGCUUUCUUCUGUAAAGAAGCCCUUCUUCAGUUGCUCCUCCACACGGAUAACCACCACCCACCACCUAAUUUGUCGUCGCCGUUUAAUCUCAUUCUCAAAAUCGGUGCUUAUAAAUCUUUCUCUGAGAUCUCACCCAUAAUCCAGUUUUCCAAUUUUACUUGCAACCAAGCCCUGCUUGAGGCUUUAGAUGGGUAUGACCGGAUUCAUGUUAUAGAUUUCGAUAUUGGGUACGGUGGGCAGUGGGCUUCGCUAAUGCACGAGCUUUCGAUGAGGAAUACCGGAGCUUUGUCUCUGAAAAUCACCGCGUUUGCAUCUCCCUCAACCCAUGAUCAACUCGAGCUUGGUCUCACUGCAGAAAACUUGAACCAUUUUGCUUGUGAAAUGAAAAUGGCAUUUGAGUUUGAUAUUAUGAAUCUUGAUUCGUUGAACUCGGGUUCGUGGUCAUUUCCAAUUCAUGUCUCUGAAAAUGAGGCAGUUGCAGUUAAUCUCCCAGUUGGUUCAUUUUCCAAUUACCAAAUGUCCCUCCCUGUGAUCCUCCGCUUUGUUAAGCAAUUGUCGCCGAAAAUUGUGGUUUCGAUGGAUAGAAGCUGUGAUCGAACUGAUCUUCCAUUUCCAAACCACGUGAUUCACACACUUCAGACUUAUACAAGCCUACUGGAAUCUCUUAAUGCUGUGAAUGUGAACACAGAUGCCUUGCAAAAGAUUGAGAGGUUCUUGAUCCAACCGGAUAUGGUGAAAAUCAUAACGGGUCGGUUUAGUUCGCCGGAAAAGACACCGAACUGGAGGGGCCUCUUUUUGUCAUCUGGGUUUUCGCCAUUGACAUUCAGUAAUUUCACGGAGUCACAAGCUGAGUGUGUGGUGAAGAGGACUCCGGUUAGGGGAUUUCACAUUGAGAGGAGACAGUCUUCGCUUGUUCUCUGCUGGCAGAGAAAGGAGCUCAUCUCAGCUUCAGCAUGGAAGUGCUGAGGAGCAGAAUCUCGGCUAUGGAUUCGCUUACCUCUUUCAUUUCGAAGAAGGUGCCUAUUAAGUCUUUUAACUUACUGCGUAGUGUCUCAUUUUUUGUUUCUUUGGAAACUUAUUGUCUGUGAAUUGUGAUUUCCCUUUAUGCUAGUUGUCACUGAACCAGACCUUUUUAGUGACUGGAAUGUCGAAUGUUAUGUUUAAGUGCUGUUUCUAAUUGGAUUGGGGGCUAUUUUCUGUACACUUUACAACAACGUAAAGUCAGAAAUAGAAAAGAAGUUUUAAUGGAUUUCUUUUGUUUCGAUUA